GCGCUGUUUGGUCCGGCGGGGAGGGUGGGGGAAAGCUGACGGGAGGACAUGCAGGCUCGCUACUCCGUGUCCAGUCCCAACUCCCUAGGAGUGGUGCCGUACCUCGGCGGAGAGCAGAGCUACUACCGCGCUGCGGCGGCGGCCGGCGGGGGCUACACGGCCAUGCCGGCCCCGAUGAGCAUGUACUCCCACCCGGCCCACGAGCAGUACCCGGCCGGCAUGGCCCGAGCCUACGGGCCCUACACGCCACCGCCGCAGCCCAAGGAUAUGGUGAAGCCGCCCUACAGCUACAUCGCCCUCAUCACCAUGGCCAUCCAGAACGCUCCCGAUAAGAAGAUCACCUUGAACGGGAUCUACCAGUUCAUCAUGGAGCGGUUCCCUUUCUACCGGGACAACAAGCAGGGCUGGCAGAACAGCAUCCGCCACAACCUCUCCCUCAACGAGUGCUUCGUCAAGGUGCCCCGCGACGACAAGAAGCCCGGCAAGGGCAGCUACUGGACCCUCGACCCCGACUCCUACAACAUGUUCGAGAACGGCAGCUUCCUCCGCCGCCGCCCUGAUGAGGAGGACGAGAGAAGUUGA